UCACGCAGGCAGGGACGGGGCUGCCCGGCCAAGUCAGUGCUGGGAGAUGGACCAGGAAGCCACCAGGAGAAACUUCUGGACUGGCGUUGGUGGGAAGAGGGCAAAGUCACGCCAAGAGCCCGAGCCUGGAGACCUGAUCGAGAUUUUUCGCAAAGUGUACGAGCACUGGGCCAUCUAUGUGGGCGGCGGUUACGUGGUCCACCUGGCUCCUCCAAGCGAGUACGCCGGGACUGGCAGCUCCAGCUCCCUCUCGCUCCUGACCAGGAGGGCGGUGGUGAAGCUGGAGCGCCUGGAGCACGUGGUGGAGGGCUGUGACUACCGGGUCAACAACCAACUGGACCGCACGUACAGACCUCGGCCUGUGCGGGACAUCAUCAAGUCUGCGAGGGAGAUGGUGGGCAAGGAAAUGAAGUAUAGUCUUGUGACAAACAACUGUGAGCACUUUGUCACCAAUUUGAGAUACGGCGAGGCCCGCUGCCUGCAGGUGGAAAGAGCCAAGCAGGACUUGGAGGAAACAAGCAGUACUGUCUUCUUUGGAGCACUUGCUGUGGCUGGGUUCAGUGCUUUGACUAAGAUAAUCCUACACCUGUGACAGCCUGAAGCAGCCACAGAAUCCAUGUUAGCCGUGUAAGGCUGGUGGCUGGGUCCCCCUGCCCUGUUCCCCCAUCCUCACGGCAUUGCAAAGCCUGCAGACCUUGCACUACAGCUGCCCUAACUGCAUCCCGCUAACGACAGAACAUCUCGCCUGGCCCGGACCCCCUGUCAAGGCAAAGCAGGAAGAAGCCCCAGGUGCAAAACAUCCUGCCUUGACCCCGGGAGACAGACAACAACAGCUAGCCCCCUAUAAAAGCUAACUUGCAAUCCUGGGCGGAGCGACUUUUGGGGCCCCUGCUCUGGGACCCUUGAACCUCGCCCGGGA